CACUUAACUACACGUCACUGACAGGAAACACACCAAGGUAUGGGGGAGGAGAGCAGAAGAGACAGAAAGUAAUGCUGAUGGGUGUAGUUUAUGAUAUCAAAAAACAGUAAGACAUGAAAGUAUCUUCUUUGUGGAUUAAUGAUACUUAGAACCAUAGUCUACAAGCAGAUGUAGGACUUUCUUUAUGGAAUAAUGUUCUAACACAGUCUAUCACUACAGAAAGGGGGAAAAAAAUGGAUAGCAACAAGACGCCCAUCCAGAUCUUCUUCAUAGUGGUCUUUGUGAGCUGUGUUGCAGGUCAAAGAUUGCCUUCACCAGUGAACCUCCAAGUGAAUAUUUUGGAUGGAGAGGUGAUUGCACACUGGGAUAAACCUACAGGCGCCCCUUCAGAUGUGCGGUACAAUGUUCAGUUUGGAAGGCACGCAGGAGAAUGGACAAAGGUCAACAAGUGUACAAACAUAACUGAGAUGUUCUGUGACCUAAGUCACCGGAUAGAAGAAUACACAGGGAUCUACAAAGUUCGAGUGCAGCUGGAGGCCGGCGGCGCCCAGUCUGAAUGGACACACAAAAAGAAAAUCAAUCCUACUUCAACUGAACUGCAGCCCCCCUCUUUCACUAUGUGGGCUACUUCGAGCACUCUUACCAUACAUAUUCACCAGAAGCCUAUUUUAAGAAAACUUUUCCUUUAUGGAAUAACCUAUACAAUCUAUCUGGUGGAGACGGAGCAAAAUAAGAAUACAACUGCAUAUCUCAAAGACGAUAUCUGGGACCACCAGAGGAAAAAAGAGUUCAGCUCUUUACGGUGGGGCAAAGAAUACUGUAUCACUAUCAAAGUAGAGGGAAAUGGUGGACUGGCCAGCAGCCUGUCACAUCCACAAUGUGUUACAUUACCAGACCAAGAAUGGAUUAUAACUGCAAUUGUUGCACUUACUAUUAUGGGCGCUCUGAUCAUAGUUGCAUUUAUCUCCUCAUUGAUUCUGUGUUAUGUGAAACAGCCAGUGAAGACACCUACUGCUCUUAAAUCCCCUGCUUGCGGGUGGCGUCCACUGUCCAUUGGAGAGUGCACUAUGGAAGUUGUUACAGACAAGGGUUGGUUCCUGUCCAGUGCGGGAACAGAAGUGAAACAUGGCUUCAAAAAUCUGCCUAAAACUUAUAUCAGCGACCAGAAAAAUGGUGAAGAGGACAGGAGGUCGAGCACAGACAGUGGAGUCAGCAUCAAGUCCACCUCUGACAAUACCACACAAGAAGACAGUGGGUGUGGCAGCAUAGGGCUACAAGAUACUAUUUGCAAUUACCCUCAAGAUGAAGGAAGUGAUACUCUCAGUAAGGCAGAAGACAGUGGGAUGGGACUAAACUGCCACUCAGAUGCCUCUUCACUAAAUCUAGAAGAUCAAGACAGUGGAUGUCUGAACAAAUCUGGAGAAUAUCAUAAACAACACCUGUUAACUGUAAACAUUCAUGACUGUGACAAUGAAGACAUCUUUAAGGAAACACUUCCACAAACACAACUCAUCAGUGUGGUGUCAGGGUACAGGAAAAACACUUCAAUUUGUACCUGUUCUGGGGCCAAUCUGUGUAUAUGGUGCCAUAAUCAAGACAGUUACAGAGGACAAUAUAAAGGAUUACAUAAACAUAACAUGGUGGAGUCAUAUGGACAUUCCACUCCUAAAGCUCAAACGGACAUAGUGGACAAAAAAAGAACAAAUAUGACUUUAGUACAAAUGGAGGAGACUUUCCCCAUGUUGACCUCUCUAUCAUCCUUCCCUCUAUUGCAAAAGGGACGGGACUUUAACAUGAAUGAUGUGUCAGUCUCUUUGUGUGAUGUAGAGUUCAACCACCACUGAUGUCACAUGGAGAUCUCAGGCCUGAUUAUCAGUAUUCACUGUCUCUAUGAGUACAGGCUGAUUUUCCAGUGUUAAUCAUAAAGACUGAGUUAGUUUGUGGGGAGAGGAAGGAAGCUGAGUUUUUUUUAAUACCAAAGAGGUGCGGUUGACUUCACUUUACCUUGCUGCACCUUGUAUCUCUGACUUUAUUCACAACUGACAGUUAACACCGGAAGUGAAACUGUUGUGGAGCAAUAUGCAGGGAAACUGUGUUGGGCUUACGUGCUUUAGGACAUUUUAACAUUUCAUUCUGCCUCUCAUCUGCCACCCACACAAACUGAGAACAUAUCAUACUUUAUUAUGCCGUAUUACUUCCUACUUGUCUGUGACUGGUUCUGUUAUAAGUGAUUAUUUAUAUUUUAUUUAUGCCAUGAACAAUAAAAUUAUAAACAUUUUGGAAAA